CCGGAAUACUGUGGGUCCCCGGCCGAGAGCGGAAACAAACAUGACGGACAAAUCAGGUGGAACUACUUCUCCAAAAGGAAUCCUCAAAAAGCCAAAAGAAUCACAGAGACAGAAGACAUUUCAAUGGGACGAGAUGAAUAUACUAGCAACAUAUCAUCCCGCGGAUAAGACCUACGGGCACAUGAAGAUUGAGGAGCCCAAAACACCGUUUGUUUUCGAGUCAGAGUCGGGUGUCGGUGGUAGCUACGGAGCUGGAUUCUCUGCGGAAGAUUUAGCGGCGCGCUUGGCUGCCGCAUCCCAUGGAACUGACGAAGACCAGCUCCCACGCGCGAUUAGGGAUCCGGAUCCAGUUGACCCUGCAGAAUUAGAGCAUCAACGUCAAUUUCGUGAGAAACGUCGACUUCAUUACAAUGAGUUUAUGGCUGCAAAAAUGGCUCAAGAAACGUUGAACCCCGAAGAAACCUCCAGUGAUGAUUCAGAACUAGAGAGGGCAGCUGAAGAGGCCGCGCGGAAUGCACGUCUCAACGCCGGAAAAUCACGCCAGGUACCUUUGACUGAUUCGUCACCAGCGAAUCCUAACAACCGACGGGGAAAACAAAAUGAUACGACCGGAAGACGUAGUUAAGGGAAGUUGCUGAUCAAGCCCUUCGCCUCCUCACCUCAGCCCACUUAACUAAUCCCCACACUCAAGCUCCGGUGCAAAUGCCGCGUUCAUUGUUGGACACUUCAGCAUGCUCAAGCUUACCUGAUGACUUAGUUCCUGCUUUCUCAAACCACCCGUUAACCCCCAAGUUGUUACUAUCCAACGUGAUGUGUAUAUAUGCUUCUCUGUUCCUCUUUCUGUAACGUGCCAAAUAUGAUUUGGCACAAUUUGAGUACGUACGAAUUUGGGUUUUGUACAUUACACCAUAAUCUGUUCGUG